GCAUUCGCCUGCGUCAGCACCAUCGCCGCGUCGCCCUUCACAGAACCUCUCUUCGUCGAGCCAAGCCCCGACCGUUCUGCCAGCCGCCGGUCCGGCGACCUGUUGCCAUGCUCCUCGUCCAUUCUGCUCAUGCCGUCACGAUCGGCUCUGCUCGACUGUUGGCGCGCCCUCACGCCGCUCGCAGCAACGUCGGCCACUUCGGCCAGAAGCAACUACCGACGCGCUCUCAGAGCAGGUCGCUUGGCCAGACGGUACACGCUGCCAUGGAAACCGCACUCGCGAUUCGGAUA